AUGAGGAGUGGAAGACGUGAAACAAUAUAUGUGGCUGUUCUGUUGUGUUUUGCAGUAUUCGUUAUGUUUUAUUGGAAAGGGUCCAGUGGACGCCACAGUAGACUAUUUAAAACAGAUAAAUACAAGACGUAUAAAACAAAGAAUCCUGAUUUGGAUUCUCACAUAGCAUUACCCAAAAACACAUUCAAGAAGUCACAAGCAUAUAAUGAGCAGGAGUAUACUACAGUUAACGAAGAUUCAGUGCAAGUCAAAUCCAAAAGUACAUACAAUCAUGUGGAACAAAAAGACACAGUCAAGGAAGAUCAGGAAGUACCACAAUCUAAAAACACAUACAACCCAGAACUAGCAAGCCAGGAGCGGAAGAAUACAGUCAAGAAAAUGUGCAAAAAACAUAAUAUUACAUACGAUGACAUUAUGGGUACUAACACGUUUGGAAUUUCGUCGAAACACAAAUUCAUGAUUAAUCUUAUUGGGAAAGUAGGCUCGACUACGUUAAAGCACAUCAUCUCUAGUCUGACUCCUCCAAAUACGUCAUAUAUACAUCAGAUUCCAUGGCAACAUAUGUCAAAAUACAAAAAUUACACAAAAGUAGUUUUCUAUAGGGAUCCAUUGGAACGACUUGUUUCUUAUUAUUACUAUGCAGUGGACUACAAUUCCAGGGCUAAGAACUUGUAUAUGUUUUACUUACCUUACUUAGAAAAAUUAACAGAUCGGGAUGUGUCUGGAGAGGAGAGACCCAACAUAACAUUUUCUGAACUGGUACAAAUCAUAACUACAUAUGGUAAAAUCCCACGAGGAUUUGGAGCAAAUCAAUAUGCCUGUUCGCACAUAUGUGCUUAUGAUGUGGAUUUUAUUGGACAUCUUGACAAAAUGAAGUAUGACAUUCCAUAUAUGUUUGAUUUAGCCGGUAUUAGUGAUUUAAUUAAGUUACCAGAGCAGCAUAGUCAAACUGGACAUGUCAAGUACAAGGACACUGUUAAAACUUUGCCCAAAUAUUUGUUUAAUCGGAUUAUCGAGUAUUACAAGUUGGACUAUGAAAUUCUCGGUUUUGAUGUUCCUAAAUUUUCCAGUUUUCAACUCAAAAGUUAG